AUGAUUGAUCGCGCCAUUUUCGAAAGUCUUCAGACGAAGAUUGACGAGGAGGCUGCCGUCAGAGAUGAACUUCAUGAGAUCGUGCAAACUCUUGCCCGGAAAGGCCGAUCCACACAAGCUACCCUUUCCCGAGCUCACUCUACACCCGCGGAACACUUGAAGCCCGUUCUCGAAGAUGCUACGAAGGAGAUCCUCGCGCAGAAAGAGGAAGUCUUCCGUCUGAAGGGCGUGGCGGAUAAGCAUCCAUUCUACAAAUAUAACGGGCUGUGGUCCCGAGAACUCCAGAAUCUUGUCUCGUCUAUCGAACUGUGUGCCUGGCUAGGCGGGCUGCAGGAGUACAAGGCUACCAGUUCUGCUGCGUUUCUGACGAUGGAGGAGGUUGGAAAGUUUCUUGAUAUCCCCGUGAACCUAAAAGAGGAAGAUGCAUUCCAUCUCACGCUGGAGGAGUACCUUCUUGCGCUUAUCUCCAUGGUUGAAGAGCUGGCCCGCCUCGCUGUCAACUCCGUUACCCUUGGCGACUUUGAACGUCCGACACAGAUCAGCAAUUUCAUCAAGGAGCUGUUCUCCGGAUUUCAGUUGCUGAAUUUGAAGAACGAUAUCCUGCGGAAGCGGAGUGAUGGAAUCAAGUACAGCGUCAAGAAGGUAGAGGACGUGGUCUACGACCUCUCGCUGCGCAAUUUGAUUCCCAAAGGCAAGAGCGCCUGA